AUGUCGACGCCAGCGUCGAUUAGAGCAAUGGAGCUUGCCCGUGAGAGAGCUGCAAGACGUCAUCGCCAAGGAGAUGGAGCUGGAUUAGCUCCAUUAACUCAAAAGUGGCCAUCUCGACGAUACUUUAAUGCAGGAUAUCGUGGAAGGAAUAUUGAUUUCACUGCUGAUAAAGCUGGUGGACGGCAGUAUACGAGUUUUGAGGUCGGAAGGAAAGAAAUAGAACCUAGACCACCACCGAAGCCGCUUACUCCACCACCUGUUGAGGAUGUGCCAAUCGAUAUAGAUACUGAUGAUUACAAAGUCGAUGCUGAUGAUGUUAUUUGCUUUAGUGGCCGCCAGCAUUUCCUUUCAAACUUAUAUCCUCGUGUUCGUUGUUCACUCGUCCCAUUAUAUGAUAAUACUGUUUGGCAGGUGACGUUGACAGUAGAUGGGCAUGAUUAUCCAAGUGUGGAACAUUACUAUCAAGCUUGCAAACUUUAUACAUUAGGAGGUGCACGACUUGCAACUCAGCUACGUUAUAUUACAGAUGCUGGUCAAGUAAAAAUCCACACCAAGAAGCUGUUGCGCGCAGCUAAUGUUUCAUUGGAAAAAAUUGAAGAAUGGAAGCGUACUCAAGGCCCAGUUUUGUUACACCAUGCAAUUGUUCACAAAUUUGUGCAGAAUCCUGAGCUCCGGGCAAAACUUAUAGAGUCAGGUGGCGCUUUGCUUGCUCAUACAUAUGAACGGGACAAUAUUUUUGCUACGGGUUGCGAUAGAGAGAAAAUGAUGGAAUGGGCAACGAACAAUAAUGGACAAAUCAUAAAAAUUCCAACCAAAAUUGAUAAUGGAACAUUAGUGUAUAUUCCUCUGGUGGGAGAAGGCAAAAAUGUUCUUGGUUUUAUCAACAUGAAGGUACGCCAACAAUUACUACAGUUUAAAGCAACUCAGGCAACAUUGCCACCCUCGACAGAUCCAAUCAUGAUGGUAGCUAUGCAAACACUUAAGCUAGAUAGUCCGACAAAACCGGAAAGUAUCACAAAUUGA